GUGAAGGAACAAUCAACAACAAUAAUGUAAGCCAGAACUGCACCGAACUAUCAUGGAGUCAGGAUAAUGAUGCCUCAGAAUGUCAUGAGUAUACUGGAACUGCUUGUAAAAACUUCUUACAUCAAUGGUUUCAAUGUACCAUUGGAGAAGGUGAAUUGAAUAUUGGAGUAAGUCAACAAGAACAAAAUCAACACGAACAAAUGAUCAUAUCACUCAAAACUAAUUUAGAAUUUUACAAACAAUGUCAACAACAAUCAUCAGCUUUCAUAUGUCAAUAUUUCUUUCCUCUUGCUGAUUGCUCAACUGGAAAAUCUUACAAGGCUACCAAGGAAGACUGCCUCCUCAUAAGUACAGGUGUUUGUUCAGACCUGUGGACACUAGCAAACAACUUUGGGUAUGGCUCACUCUUACCUGAUUGUUCUACACUACCAAAUGCUGCCAACAAUUUAUCUUCUGUCACAAUUCCAAUUGAAGGCAUCAAUGAUACCAAUGGUACUGAAGGUAUAGUGUGCAGAGAAGAUUUUGUUAAAAUAGAUUUAAUUUGUGAGCCAAGAUGUGACAGUUUUGAACAAACUUCUCAUUUAAACUCACAAAUACUAAUCUAUUCGGAAGUUGUUGCAACUGGUCUGGGCUUAAUUUUUUGCAUUGCUACAGUUGCUAUUGCUAUCAAGGAAUAUAAAAAAUUUCUGGCAUAUCCUUCUGUAUUGGUAUUUUUUCAAGUCAUAGACAUAACUGUAUUUGCUAUAGUACUAAUCAUAACAGCUGUUGAUCGAAACGGAUUGUACUGCAGUUCAGUUAGUCUAUUGGAGACACUUAAAAAUCCAACUCCUUUUUGUAAAUUUUCAGGAAUUGUAUUUCAUUAUACUUUUGUAAAUAUGGCACUGUGGUGGUUCUUUCAUGUUGCUAUAUUCUUUCACAAAGUAUUGUUUCCCUUCCAAGCAAAUAGAUUUGAAAAGCUGGGACAUAACAAGUACAUAUUUGCAACUGUAACUAUUUUGUGUAAGUAUUAUUGUAUUUAUCAAUUUUGA